ACCCUAAAUGCUCUUCGUCACUAAGUUGGUCACACUUAAUCAUCAUAAAAAAAAAUUUCAUCUGGCAGAAAAGUGAAAAAGAGAAAAUUAAGGGGCUUAUCAAGUGUAUCCAGCUAAAUUAGUUUUAAUUCACACCUAACACUAUUGAAGCAGCAUCGCACAUUAACGGCAUCAAAAUGACGUGGGAACCGCAACCAGAAGGUCUUCAGCAGAUCAUUGCGAUCUUAAAAGAAUCUCAGUCCCCAGACACAGCGACUCAAAUGGCAGUCCAAAUCAAACUGGAGGACUUCAACCGAUAUCCGGACUUCAACAACUAUUUGAUAUAUGUGCUGACGAAACUAAAUACGGAAGAUGAACCCACACGGUCGCUAAGUGGCUUAAUACUAAAGAACAACAUUCGCAUGCACGGCAGCAACUUGCAGCCAGAGAUUGUUGAGUACAUCAAACACGAAUGCCUGCAAGCUGUGGGCGAUGCCUCACCCCUGAUACGGGCUACCGUUGGAAUUCUGAUCACAACUAUAGCCAGCAAUGGAGGCUUGCAGAACUGGCCACAGCUGUUGCCGACGCUGUGCGACAUGCUCGAUAGCCAGGACUAUAAUGUGUGCGAGGGUGCAUUCAGUGCUCUGCAAAAGAUCUGCGAGGAUUCGGCUGAAAUCUUAGACUCCGCUGUGCUAAAUAGGCCACUUAACGUUAUGAUACCCAAAUUCUUGCAAUACUUUAAACAUAACAGCCCCAAGAUACGGUCCCAUGCAAUUGCCUGCAUCAAUCAAUUCAUUAUCAACCGGUCACAGGCGCUGAUGCUGCACAUCGAUGCGUUUAUCGAGAAUCUGUUUAAUCUGUCUUCGGAUGAGGAUCAUGAGGUGCGAAAGAAUGUCUGUCAUGGUCUAGUCAUGUUGCUGGAAGUGCGAAUGGACAGGUUGAUGCCACACAUGUCGCAGAUCAUUGAGUACAUGCUACUGCGUACACAGGACUCUGAUGAGGGCGUGGCCCUUGAAGCGUCAGAGUUUUGGUUGUCGCUGGCGGAACAAAGUAUUUGCAAGGAUGUGUUGGCACCGUAUUUGCCGCAGCUUGCGCCUGUUUUGGUGCGUGGCAUGCGAUACUCGGAGAUAGAUAUUAUAUUGCUUAAGGGCAACGUAGAGGAGGAUGAUAUGGAACCGGAUCGCGAAGAGGAUAUACGUCCUCGAUUCCACAAAUCACGCACACACACCAUCAAAAGCGGCGAGGUCAGUCAGGCAUCAGGCGGCGAGGAUGAUGAUGAUGAAUUUGAUGAUGGCUUAGACGAUGAUAGUUCGCUAUCUGAAUGGAAUUUGCGCAAGUGCAGUGCGGCCGCUCUGGAUGUCCUGGCGAAUGUAUUUCGCGAGGACUGUCUGCCCAUUGUGCUGCCCAUACUGAAGGACACGCUUUUUCAUCAGGAGUGGGUCGUUAAGGAGAGCGGUGUGCUUGCUCUGGGCGCCAUAGCCGAGGGUUGCAUGCAAGGCAUGAUCCAACAUUUACCCGAAUUAAUACCAUAUCUGAUUAGCUGCUUGUCCGACAAGAAGGCGCUAGUGCGCUCUAUUACCUGUUGGACUCUGUCCCGCUAUGCCAACUGGGUGGUCAAUCAGCCACAUGACCAAUACCUAAAGCCACUAAUGGAGGAGCUGCUCAAACGCAUACUGGAUUCAAAUAAGCGAGUGCAGGAGGCUGCGUGCUCGGCGUUUGCCACGCUCGAAGAGGAGGCGUGCACUGAACUGGUGCCCUAUUUAGAAUAUAUACUAAAAACCCUUGUUUUCGCCUUCUCCAAGUAUCAGCAUAAGAAUCUAUUGAUCUUGUACGAUGCCGUGGGCACGUUGGCUGACUCAGUUGGUCAUCAUUUGAACAAGCCACAGUAUAUUGAUAUAUUAAUGCCGCCACUAAUUGACAAAUGGAAUCUGCUUAAGGACGACGACAAAGAUCUAUUCCCAUUGCUCGAAUGCCUGUCCAGCAUUGCAACUGCGUUGCAAUCGGGCUUUCUGCCAUAUUGCGACCCCGUCUAUAGGAGAUGCAUAUCGUUAAUUGAGCAGACAAUUAAUCAAGAAAUGCUUUGCAAACAAAAUCACACAUUCGAUCAUCCCGACAAGGAGCGCAUGAUUGUUGCGCUGGACUUACUCUCCGGCCUGGCAGAGGGCUUGGAUCGGCACAUUGAGACGCUGGUGUCCAAUAGUAACAUAAUGCAUUUGCUCUAUCAAUGCAUGCAGGACGUUCUGCCGGAGGUGCGUCAAUCUUCAUUUGCACUGCUCGGUGAUUUGACCAAGGCCUGUUUCCCACAUGUGCAUCCGUUUAUGGGCGAGUUCUUCCCCAUAUUGGGUCAAAAUCUAAAUCCUGAUUUUAUUUCGGUAUGCAACAAUGCAACAUGGGCUAUUGGCGAAAUAUGCAUGAAGUUGGGUGAGGAAACCAAACAGUACAUACAUCUUGUACUGACCGAUCUCUUCGUCAUCAUCAAUCGCCCGAAUACGCCCAAAACGCUGCUGGAGAAUACAGCAAUAACAAUCGGUCGUCUAGGUUAUGUGUGCCCAGUUGAAGUGGCUCCUUAUUUGCCCGAAUUUGUACGACAGUGGUGCACAUCGUUGCGUCACAUACGAGAUAAUGACGAAAAGGACUCGGCCUUCCGUGGCAUGUGCCACAUGAUAACCGUGAAUCCAGCUGGCGUUGUGCCCGACUUUAUAUUCUUCUGCGAUGCAAUUGCCUCAUGGGUUAAUCCGCCACAGGAUCUGCAUCAGAUGAUACAAAAAAUACUACAUGGGUUCAAGACACAAGUAGGUGAAGAUAAUUGGCGUCGGUUUGUUGAGCAAUUCCCGCCAAAUCUGGCCGAGCGUUUGGUAACAAUGUACAACAUUUAAGACGUCUUGGCAACCAAAACAACAACAACAAAAAAAAAAAAAAAAAAAGAUAAAGAAAGGACACAAACACAAUCCACACCCAUAAGCAACUUAUUAACUAGACAAUUAUGUUUAUGUAUGCGAGUAAGAGUGUCAUCGUCUUUAAAGUUAGUGUAAGCGCAGUUAGCAGGCAAAUGUUUAAUUAAGGUUAUUCGAUGCAGUUCGAAUAAUUCAAUUACAUUUAAUAUUUGGAAUUUCAACUUAUAAAGUCUACAACAGAAUCCGAAAAGAAAAGAAAACUACAACUCUAAUACAAAACAUAUACAACCUACGCAUAUUUAACUACAUAUAACAUAUAUAGAUAUAUAUACACAUUUAUUCGAAACGUAUAUACAUACUAUAUACUACAAUAUAUAUUGCUUUAUAGGUAAUGCAAGAAUUAGAUGACACCAUUCUAGAAUUCCGUUGUAUCUGGAUAUAUAAUUUGUCUGUCUGCUUCAAGUUCGAAUUCCAUCAUAAUAUUCAACUAAAAUGCAAUUACAUUUAGAUACAUUUGAGUUCCAGCGAUUAGGAACCAGUGCUAUAGAUAUAGAUAAUACUAGAUAACACAGAAAACACACAUUUUCAAUCAACCUCUUCAACAGCAAUAACCAGUUGAAUAUGCUUAUAUACUGUGUUUACUUAUCGCUAAUUAUUGAUAAUUUUAAUUUCAACGUAAGCUACAAAUUGAUAUUGCCGUUCGUCUCGCGUUUACUAUAAUAAUAAUAUAAUCGAAUAACUGGAUAACUAAAAUCAAAGCAACUAUCGUAAAUGGAUAACAAACUAGAAAAGGCGUUGGGUUAAUUGUGAAAUUGAGAAUAAAUUAUAAAAGAGAGAAAUCAAAAAUUUCAGCAAAAGAUUAAAUACAUAUUUAAUAUCAACAAAGACUGAUGUAAUAAUAAUACAAAAAAUUAAAGUAAAUAGACUCCGUUCAAUACCAUAGACAUGCAUUCAUCUUCAGCCGAAUGAAUUUCACAGCUGGACCCAACACUUUAAUUGUAAAUAAAAUAAAAAAUUAUUAUAAAAUAAUAUCAAAUCGUCGCGUCUCGGGUAUCGGUUAUCGGGUUUCGGGUUCUAACGGUUUCGCGUUCGCGUAUUAUCGUCGCUCGUUCGUUCGUUCGCUCGCUCGUAAAUCGUAUCGUAUCGUAAAUCGUCGUCGGGAUAUAAAAUAAAUAAAAAGAAACGAAAAACUAAUAAAUAAUAAGAGUGCAACUGUUACUGAUACAAAUUUACUUAUAAUGUAUACGACUUGAUAUUUAUAUGCUAUGCAGUUUAGGUGAUUUUUGUUGUUUUUUUUUUUUAAUUAAAAAUAUGAGAUUAGAUAUUCCGUUCGAGAUGAUAUUUAUUUUGUGCGAUCCUUAGCAAAUGUGAAAAGAAAAACGAAUAACAAAUGCAAAACAAAAGAAAAACGAAACAUACAAACUAAAAACAAAACUAAGCAACUAAUUGACUGAUUCAAUUUUUAAAGUAUUAUAUAAUUUUUUUGUAUAGGAGCAUAUUUAAAUAUUUUGUUGUUGUUUUCUUAGAAUUUCGUUAUAAUUUGCAUAGACUUGUUUCGGCGCUACCCCUGGUGCGCGUUACCUUAUAAUUUAUAAUGUAUGUACAGAACAAAUUUUUAACGAUUAGGUAUAAAGUGUACUACUUAACGGAAAACAAAAGUCUUUGAAAUCGUCGCGGAUCAAAAAACUAAAACCAAAAACAAAACAAAAAAGAAAAUUAAAAAAAAAAGAGGAAAAAGAAACUAAAACAACUCAAAUCAACUCAAAAAGAAAAGUAAAUCUAAGUAAUAGGUAUUAAUUAAUAGCAGAUCAGCGUUAGGCGCUGUUCUGUGGUUUUAUUUCCUUUUGAAAGAAACAAAGCGUCAAAUGUCAGGGGGAACGUGUGAUAAUAAUGUAAAUUCGGGUCGUUCGUUCGCGUCGCGUUAAAAACUACAAAAUAUAUAAAACUAACAAUACGGGACUUCCGCCCCCGGGUCCCCAAUAAGAAUGUAAAUCAAACAAAUAACUGAUAACUGAAAAAAGCAAAAGCAAAACUAAAACUAAAUGAAAAAAUCGUGAUUUCGUUGUACCUUAAACCGAAUUCAUCGCGGAAUUUCGGUCGCGUUCGCGUGCGUUUGUAUCUCUCUAUCUCGGGUGAUCUUAGUGAUUAGCGAUUAAGCAGUAAAGAAUAAAAAAAAAGGAAAAUAAUUUAAUAUAAAAAGUUUAAAUUAAUUGAAAAGCAACAACUAAACACGAACACAAACACACAUACACACAAUAGAGUAGGCAUAAAAUAUAUAUGUAGAUAUUUUUAGUUCAUACAAAACUGAGUUUCUCAUUAAGUUCUAUAGUUUGUUCAAAACUUAGGCAAAAAUAAUGAAAGCAGAAUACAUAGGGAAAUUUAAUUGAUUUUUUAUUAUUAUGUUAAUAAAGAUGAAAAAAAAAAGAAAGAAAAAUCAGCACACUCAAUAUAUGACAUAUGUAACCCAACCAAUAUUUACAAUAUAUAUAUAUAUAUCGAUAUUUAUUUGUGUGCAAAUUAUUUCCUUGCUGUAAACUUCACACUUUCUAUGAAUACAACACAAUUUUACUGAAAACACAUAUGUACACUGCAUGUAUAUAUGUAUACCGAAAUAAUUAUUGUAUUAGAAUCUAUAAACAAGUCCUUUACACAAUAAUGAAAUAUGUAAUACUAUUAAAAGGCCUACGUAGCGUGCGGGACAGUAGAAUACCCCGGAUUCCAUAUGGAGUCGCUAUGCUGCAGCUUGUGUAUCCAAAUCUCUACCUAGUGAGACUUGUCUAAGAACUAAUCGGAAAACUUGAAUAAAUAUGUAUGUAUAACAUAAUCGUAAA